UUACCAAUAUGUAAAUCCUUUUUUGUUGUUUAAGAAAGUUUAGAUUUUCAUGACACACUAAAAACAAAUGAAGUGACAAGAGUCAAGCGUGGUUACGAUUUAAGACUUAUAAAAUAGGAGCUAUGCGUGUCAUUACUGGGUUACGAAAAAAUAUUUUUUGCCUUAUUCAAAAGAAGGAUUACUGUAGUAACACAAGAUUUUGUUAUCCCCACAUGAAUGAGUUGCCCGUGCCAUGUGGACCAUGGGAACCCUGGUACAGGGAACGACAAGCCGUUUACAACAAAGUUCUCUUUGCUGGAAUUGUAUGGUGGUUGUUUUCAUUUGGGCUAGCUAUAUAUACGGAAAGCAUUUAUUUGAACUGGGGCCCACCAGCGCAACCCGGCCCACCCAGUGAUAUGGUUGAAGAGUGCGAUGACUCUGAUUCUUAAUUUA